AUGCUUUCACUUUCUUCUUUCUCUUCUUCUUCUUCUUCUCCUACGUUAUCCUUUACUAGAACAAGAUGCACCACCAAUUUCAAACUCAAACCUUUCACUGUUCUCUCUUCUUCUUCUCAACCUUUCCCUCCUUUUCUUCCUAAACAAAUUCACUCUAUCAAAGACCCUUUUGCUCGAAAAUUCGCAAUGCGGAUUCAAAGAUUACCCGUCAAUGUUAGCUUUGCAGAAAACCCAAUCAUGAGCAGUUGUGUGAAGCCAUUGGUGCAGAGCAAGGAACCGCCGAUUGUUCUUUUACACGGUUUCGAUAGUUCGUGUUUAGAAUGGAGAUAUGGAUAUCCAUUGCUUGAAGAAUCUGGUUUCGAGACCUGGGCAGUCGAUAUUCUUGGUUGGGGUUUCUCUGAUUUAGAAAAUCUUCCUCCUUGUGACGUGGUUUCAAAGCGCAAUCACUUCUAUCAGUUUUGGAAGUCCUACAUCAGAAGGCCAAUGAUAUUAGUUGGACCAAGCCUCGGCUCUGCUGUUGCCAUUGAUUUUGCAGUUAAUUAUCCAGAAGCUGUGGAAAAACUUAUUUUGAUUGAUGCUAGUGUAUAUGCAGAGGGAACUGGAAACUUAGCAACCUUGCCUAGAUCGGUAGCCUAUGCUGGGGUAUAUUUAUUGAAGAGCCUUCCGUUGCGCUUAUAUGCCAACUAUUUGACCUUCACUAACAUGCCCUUACACACCAUCCUUGAUGGGACUAAUGUGGGCCGCUUACAUUGCUUAUUGCCUUGGUGGGAUGAUGCUACUGUUGAUUUUAUGACUAGUGGCGGUUACAAAAUUGCUUCCCUCAUAAGAAAGGUAAAGCAGAAAACACUGAUAAUAUGGGGUGAAAAUGAUCGUAUAGUCAGCAAUAAGCUUGCAGUGCAACUACACUGUGAAUUACCUGAUGCAGUUCUACGUCAAAUACCCGAUUGUGGGCAUAUUCCUCAUUUGGAAAGGCCUGAUUCAGCUAUAAAAUUAAUUGUUGAAUUUAUUCAAACAGAGAAAAAGAAAUUAAGUAAGCUUGUUUCACAAGUAAGCCAAGUGAGUUAA